UGCAAGGACGAAUAAGCAAAAGCUGAUUAAAUGACACGUGUCGGAUGUGUGUCCGUUGGAUGGUCAAAGCAGAACUGUGAUUCACUCAUCCCGGCCGAGAUUUACUGAAACUGAAAGAGAACUGUAGAGAGGUUUGGCAGUGAUAGAUUUUCAUGUUCCCUCACACUCACACCCUCUCUCUCUCUUUCUCUCACACUCACAUGAGACACACACAGAGACAUACUCUCUCUCUCUCUCUCCUCAAGUCUUGAGUGUGCUUCACUGCAACAACAAAACCAACCCCGUCUGAAUUGCUCUUGUAGGAUAUAGUGAGAUACAGUCUACAGUUACAGUCUAAAAGCAAGAGAGAGAGAGAGAGAUGGUUGGAUUGGUGACCACAAUUCAUAAAUGAUAGUUGAACAGUAGAGUGGAUGGGUGCAGUUACCAUGGCGGCGUAGCAGAGAGAGAGAGAGAGAGGGGCUCUAAUUCCGUGCCAUAAUUGCCUUUGAUUUGGAGAAACUAAAACUGCAACUGCAGCUACUGCAAGAGAAUUGAUCAGCCAGCAGCAACAUACACCAAACCCAACAUCCUGUUUUCUUUGGUCAUUUUAUUCUUUGAAAGGUCUUUUUCUUUUUGUUCUUUUUUAUUUUUAAUGUUUUAAUUUCGUUUUAGUUUGAGCAGGAAAAGAAAAAAAAAAAACAGUUUUCCGCAAAAGCUGCAAAUGCCCAAACAAGUCCAUACAAGAUCAAACUUGAGACGCCUCUCCCGCACAAUUCACAGUUGAGUUGAGUGGGUGAGAGAAUGACAUAAAAUUUUAUUUAAAAAGAAAAAAAGAAAGAUUGCUUAGGUAAAAAUUAUUAAGCAAAAAAUUAAGAAGUAUCUGCAAAUAAACGUAACCCACCGUUUAUGCAAUUUAAACAGCUGUAGUAGGACGAUGUUUGGGUUAAACAGAAGCACUAGUUAGUCCUCCUAGUACGUAAUAGUAUGCGAUUGAAUACAAGUUGGUGCGAGCUGAGUGCACUAGUAUUUUAAAGAUUCGCGAAGGUUCUAUCUGCUAUGGAUGAUAUUAUCUCUGAAUUGGGGAUAGUUUCAGCUUUUGGGUGCAACAACAAAUGGCUGGGUUCUUCUCUCUAGGUGGAAGGGGAGCUGGCCCACACAGCAACAAGGAAGAAGAAGGAGAAAGAGUAGCAGAAAAACAUCAUCAAGACCAUCACAACAGCAAUAGCCUAUUCUUGUUCAGGAACAACGAGGAGGUGUACAACAAAGGAGGAUUCGAGAUAUGGCCGCAGCCCUACCACCAAAACCAAGGUUUCAGCAACUACUACUCGUUUGGGGUGGGUCCUAGUACUCAUCAACAUAGAAGGAACAACAACAACAACGACAACUCCAACAACAACUCCAACGACGAAGGCGUCUCCUUCUGUGUCUCGGAUGAGUCGACGAGAUUUGGACUGACGAUGAUGAGGUCCUCCGGUGGUGGUGGAGGCACGGGGAGCGGCGGCGGUGGCGGUGGCGUAAACUGCCAGGACUGCGGGAACCAAGCAAAGAAAGACUGUGCUCACCUGAGAUGCAGGACUUGUUGUAAGAGCCGAGGGUUUCAGUGCCAAACCCACGUGAAGAGCACUUGGGUUCCCGCCGCAAAACGCCGUGAACGACAGCAACAACUCGCUGCCUUGCAGCAACAGCAAUUGCACAGUGCAGACACUUCUUCUAAACGACACAGAGACACUCAUCCAGCUCUUGACACUCUUCCUUGCGCUCCUCCUGUUCCCACCAUCACCACCACAGGGUUGGAACUGGGUCAAUUCCCUUCAGAAGUAAGCUCAUCAGCGGUGUUUAGGUGUGUGAAAGUUAGCGCAAUAGACAGUGUAGAUGAACAGUAUGCAUAUCAAACCGCUGUCAACAUCGGAGGCCAUGUUUUCAAGGGAAUUCUCUACGAUCAAGGUCCCCAAGGACUUUACACUACUGCCAUUGUUGCCGAGGGUUCUUCCGCUGGAGGAGGAGGAGGAGGAGGAGCUGAACCUCAACAACAACUCAGCCUCAUAACAGCUGCAACCACCACCGCUGGGAACCCCUUUGACCCUUCUUCGCUUUACCCGGCUCCACUCAACGCUUUCAUGGCUGGUACGCAAUUCUUCCCACCACCAAAGUCCUAACAUACACACCUGCACUCUCCCUAGCUAACUCUCUCGGAGUAACACCAUUGAAUUUCUAUCCAGCCUUGUUAUUUGGAAAAACGGUUAUGAGAGUCUAUGACCAUGACCAAGUUAAAAGGGGCCGCGAGGAUGUUUGUCACUUUGUUUUAUGUUAUCGAAAUGCCAAUGUCAAUUCAGGUUUUCAUGAUUUAUCUCGGCAUUAGACCCACUUUUCAUAUAAAAAUGAUUUUGAAUUUGAUUUCUCCGAUUGUAUGUGGGACUGUGUGUUCCGUUUUCCUCGGCAUAGACAGCAUUAUUUUGAUCGAUGUGUGUGCACUAAAUUAUGUUAAGUUUUUCGGUUAUGGCGGUGAUUUGAUUUGAUUUGUUAGUUUAUGUAAUUUUUCUUUUUCUGGGUUAA